UAUGAGUAUUGGCCAGCCAGUGCGCGGGAUGUGAUGGAGCUGGUAAUGCAGCGUGUUGAGAAGUAUACGGCCGUACUGGAAGACGCUGUAGCCGAAAAGACCAAGGAGCUGCUGACUGAGCAGCGGAGAGCCGAUACACUGCUACGGGAAAUGCUUCCGUCAUCUAUAGUGGACAAGCUUCGAAACAAGGUUAUUAUCGAGCCGGAAUACUUUGAAGCUGUGACCAUUUCGUUCAGCGACCUUCCGGGUUUUGUGACCUGGGUUGUCACAGGAACGCCUUAUGAUGUCAUUGCGCUUCUAAACAGCAUUUACAGCAUCUUUGACGAAGAGAUCAGUAGUCAUACCUUGGUCCAGAAAAUCGAGACCAUCGGUGACUGCUAUAUGGUGGCUAGCGGCGUACCCGUCCCAGUUGGAACCGAACAUGCCGCGGCCGUAUGCCGCCUGGCCAAAGCUUUACAGUCAGCGUUCAGUAGAAGCAAAUUACCGGAGAAGGGACUUAGUUUGCGAGUGGGCAUUCAUUCCGAUCAUUGUGCAGCCAGUGUGAUUGGGAGCAAAGUUCCAAGAUACUGUUUGUAAGAUAAAGUAAUGCAGCUUUUCUGUUUGGGUGUCCGAUAACCGUUCCUCGGCAGAUUCGGUGAUGCGGUAAAC